AUGGCUGCAGCUCUUUCCGUCGUCUUGCUGGUGUUGCUGCGGUCGUCAUGGAGCAGCGGUUGUGAGCCGGUGGGGCCCGAGGGCCAUGGCUGGAGCUACCACGACCUGCACGCCUGGAACAGCGUCGAGGGCUCGCAGUGCGGUCAAAUCAGCAAGCAGCAGUCGCCCAUUGAUCUGACCCGCGGUCGGUGCGGGGCCUCGGACGCUCAGCCACCGCACGUGGCGCUCAACAGGAACUGGUGGCCGGUGGUCGUCUCCAACGACGGCAGGACACUCAAGAUCGACUUCGACUGCUUCGGCGCCGUGGACGGCCUGGCCAGCCCCAUGAUGCUGUUCUUCCCCGGGGCACAGAGUGACCUGCAGGUGUCGAAGGAGGACCUGCGAUACGAGCUGGCAGAGGUGCACUUCCACUGGGGUGGGAAGGGCAGGAAGGGCUCCGAACACGCCAUCGAGGGUCAGCGAUUCGACGCCGAGGCGCACUUCAAGUUCAAGCACGUGACCUACUCGCUGACGUCCUACUACCAGGUGCGUCUGACGGAGGGUGCGCUGUACGCUGUCGGGGUGCCGCUGAUCGCCGGCGCCGGCGAGCGCUUCAACCUGGUCUCCGACACCGGCUUCCCAACGUUCGGCCUCGAGGACACCAUGAGUCAGGUGCGCAGGUACAACACCGGUUUCAACAUGACCAUCAACGUCGCCGAGCUGAAGACGCUCUUCGACCGGGUGCUGCAGAACGUGUACAAGUACACGGGAAGUCUGACCACACCGCCGUGCACGCUUAAGCUUCCCUGGCUGGUGUCGGCUGAACCCACUUACAUCAAACCAGAGUUCCUCGCCGAACUCAGGAAGCUGCGAGAUGAAAAGGGCAGCGUCAUCAAGCAUAACGUUCGUCCACUUCAGAAGAAGACUCUUGGAGUUCGAGGUGCGGCUCUGCUGGUGCUGCUCAUAGCCCGGUGCCAGGGCUGUGGUCUGGCCCCGCCCGAGGGCCUGCCCUGGAACUAUCGGGACUUCCAGCACUGGGAGAGUCUGGACGGAUCAUUCUGCGGCGAGCAAGAGGAGCAGCAGUCGCCCAUCGAUCUCUAUGGCGAAGAGUGUGACGAGGACGAAUCCUAUCAGCCACGCGUAAAGCAAAACAGCAAGACAUGGGACGUCACGGUGACGAACAACGGCAGAACGCUCAAACUGAUGUUCGACUGUGAUAACCAGGUGGCCAGCAAUGAGGCCCACGGCCCACUGACUCUCUACUCCGAUGUCGGAAUGGAACACGAAGGUCUGGAUUAUGACCUGGCGGAGCUGCACUUCCACUGGGGCGAGGACGACCAACACGGCUCCGAGCACGCGCUGAAAGGUAACAAGUUUCCCGCUGAGGCCCAUCUGAAGUUCAAGCACCGGUCUCACGCGGGCGUCGCGUUCCACGUGGCUAAGCUGACGGAGGCCAAGCCGGCAAAGGUGAAGUCUUCGCUUCUGGACGAACUAAGAAAGCUUAAGGACGAGACAGGCCAACAGAUUAAACGUAACUACCGAGAUUUGCAGCAGCACACCGACGAGCUGGAACUGUGUCGGCACGACGAUUAG